CUAAAAUAAACCUUUUAUUUUAUUUUUUGAGUGAAAAAAAAAAAAAACUUAUACUAUUCAUAUAUCAUGCAUUAAGGUCCAAAUAAUCACCCAAUUCUCUUCCUUAUAUAAGGGAUCUGGUUAUUUAUUCUAUUUAUAAAAUAUAAUUGUUUGGAUUUGUUAUUUACUUCUACAAAUAUCUUUCCUGUCCAAUUCUCAUCUGAUCUUGUUUCAAGGACUCAGCAGAAUCUGAAAAGGUAAUAUCUGUUUCACAAAUCAAAGGACAAUCAUCAUCAACCAAUCAGAAAACAUGUUGCUAAGAAGCUCUUCAACACCAGUUCUUGGUUCUCUCCUAUCUUCUUCCGGUUCCUUCACAGAUAGUCCUAUUCAUCAUCAUACUCAUAGUCUUCACCCUGAAUCAUAUCAAGCACUUAAGCAUCUACCACCAACCGCUUCUUCACUCCAACAUCAUCAUCACAAUCACAAACUCUCAUGCACUUCUUCUCCAAUUUCUCCUUCCAUUUCUGAUCUUGAAAGACAAAACAAAGGGUUGAUUAGAAGAGUUCAAUCUGAAGGGAACUUGGAAGACUUAGCCUAUGCCACUAAUUGUAACAACAAUAUGGACUCUUCUUCUAAAAGGUAUUCAGUGAGACAAAGAGGCUUCGCACUAGAGACCAUUCCAUCUUUCUCUCUUUCAAAGCAAACAGGCUUGCGUGAAGAAGAAACUGAUUUUGAAGAUGAAGGAUAUGAUGAUGAUUUCAGUAGUGUGCUGAAUAGUACUGCCAGUGGUGUGGUGGUGAAUGAUGAAGUGAAGGAUAGAGUUUUCAGGGUGAGUUUUGGUGAGGAGGGAAAGGUUGGUAAUAAAGAAAUGUAUCUUGCAAAGGGACUUGGUGUUGAUGGUAUAGGUGGCUGCAGUGGAGGGAAUGGAGGUGGUGAUUAUAAUUCCAUGGGUUCUGGAGGGAAUGAUGGAGAUAGUAAUCAUGGGGUGGAAGAAUAUUACAAGAAAAUGGUUCAACAAAAUCCAGGAAAUCCAUUGUUUCUGAGGAAUUAUGCUCAGUUUCUGUAUCAGUGCAAACAAGACCGUGAAGGAGCAGAGGAAUAUUAUUCCAGAGCCAUACUAGCAGAUCCAAAUGAUGGAGAAGUUCUGUCACAGUAUGGAAAGCUAGUUUGGGAGUUACAUCGUGAUGAAGAAAGAGCAUCCAGCUAUUUUGAACGAGCAGUCCAAGCAUCUCCUGAUGACAGUCAUGUACAAGCAGCAUAUGCAAGCUUCCUUUGGGACACAGAGGAAGACGAGGAUGCAGCAGGUUCCAAUGACCCACAAUGUUUGCCUCAACAUUUUCAUUUUGGAGCUAUGGCAACUACAGGUGCUUAACUCCUGAGAUAAAAAUGCUGAUAGCACAUUAGGGUCUCUCAGAUGUAUUGCAAUACUGCUGUUGAGAACCAGAAAUCACAGGCCGGGUUUCUUUUGCAGUGUCGUCGGUUCUUUGAAUGAAAAGUUAUUUAAACGUACUAUCAGUUGUAACCAUUUAAGUAGUCAACGAACUGAUUUGUAAAAUGUUAUCUUGAGACUUGUUCUUACCCGUUCAUUUGGCAAUAAAAACACCAACUUAAGAAGGAAAAA